CGCAAAUUUCACGCAAUCUUAUCCAGGCACGGUACCCGACUUGCAGGGCAUCUUCUUUGCCACAGUGUGUCGCAUAUAGAUCAAAUCGUCAUCUGUGCCCUUUCAUCUAUUGAUUCACCUACGGAGUGAUCCAUAACUCCACAAAAUGGACCGUCGCCUCACAAUUGCAUCCCAAGUCGCCGUCGCGGCUGUGGCUGGCUAUUGCAUCUACAAGGCCUUCAACGCUCGACAGCAACAACAAUCCCUGAAGGAUGCCGUGCCUAAGUCAUCUGCUGCUCCUUUGACACCAGAGCAGAUCAAAAUCAUCAAGGCCACAGUCCCUGUUCUACAGGAAUAUGGCACCCAAAUCACCACUGCCUUCUACAAGAACAUGUUGACAGCGCAUCCUGAACUCAAUGCCGUGUUCAACACCGCCAACCAGGUCAAUGGCCACCAAGCACGUGCGCUAGCUGGUGCACUGUUCGCAUAUGCAUCUCACAUCGACGAUCUUGGGGCCCUCGGUCCUGCCGUUGAAUUAAUAUGCAACAAGCAUGCAUCUCUAUACAUCCAAGCUGACGAGUACAAGAUCGUUGGCAAGUACCUUCUGGAAGCUAUGAAGGAGGUGCUUGGAGAUGCCUGCACCGAUGAAAUUCUCGAUGCAUGGGGUGCCGCAUACUGGGCCCUGGCCGACAUCAUGAUUAACCGCGAAGCCGCACUGUACAAGCAGAGCCAUGGCUGGACCAACUGGCGCCAGUUCCGGAUUGCCAAGAAGGUGCCCGAGUCGGACGAGAUCACCUCGUUCUACUUGAAGCCAAUUGACGGCAAGCCACUGCCGCCGUUCAGACCAGGCCAGUAUAUCUCGGUCAGUGUCCAGGUUCCAGAGUUGAAGUACCCCCAAGCCCGCCAGUACUCGCUCAGUGAUACCCCUCGCUCGGAUUACUAUCGUAUCAGCGUGAAGAAGGAAACGGGGCUCGAUCCUCGUGCUCCGGGUGCUAAGAGACACCCUGGAUACGUCUCCAACGUUCUCCAUGAAAUCAUCAAGGAGGGUGAUCAGAUCGAUGUAUCUCAUCCCUAUGGAGACUUCUUCUUGUCCACUGCCGAAGCUACCCAUCCGAUCGUUCUUCUCUCCGCCGGUGUCGGUAUCACACCCAUGAUGUCCAUCCUGAACACCAUCACUCAGAAGAAGCAACGCAAGAUCCAUUUUAUUCACGGAUCCCGUACGACCGAUGCUCGCGCCUUCAAGAGCCAUGUUCGCAAACUGGAAAACGACAUCCCUGAUAUGCAAGUGACCUACUUCCUCAGCAAGCCAGCUGGCAGUGACCAGCUGGGCGUCGACUACCACCACGCUGGGAGGAUUGACCUGCAGAAGCUCGACGGGCCGUCUCAUCUGUAUCUGGACAACCCUGCUACGGAAUAUUACGUCUGUGGCCCCGACACAUUCAUGACGCAAAUGGAGCAGGCUUUGAAAGCCUAUGGUGUGAGCGAUGACCGGAUAAAGAUGGAGUUGUUCGGUACAGGUGGUAUUCCUCAUAACUAGAACACUCUUCUGUUCUGGCUUUUCUGUACUAUACAUUAGUUGAGAUGUGGUGAUCUUUUAUGAUACAUAACGAAUUGAUUCC